AUGCAGCAUAUUGGGAUCAAUAUAGAAGAGGAUCUUCCGGCAACCCGCGAUCUUCCUCAAGGUGCCACAGUGCCAGAUAGUCUGCCGUCUCCUAAAGAAGUCAAGCUUCAUCCGUCCCAGCCAAAUGGGGGCGAGAAUGCUUCGAUUUACUUUAUCGGCACUGCGACAACCAUCGUAGAUCACUUUGACCAGGAAGUGGAGGCUUCUCUUCGACGCGACCUUCCCAUCAUCACGACUCCCCAUGCCCACAAACAACUCACAGAGAGAUCCGCCGAACCCUUCACGAGCGUCACAGCGCUAGACCAUUUCGAAUCUGCUGCGGUGAAAAUCUCUAGCAAGGUGUCCCAAGGACGUCACCAAAUCCGCGUGACCGGCAUGCCAGGGAAGCACGUACCCAGUCAUCCUAUCGUGGACACUCUAAACUCAGUGGUCCAAGCAAUUCCUCCAACCAAUGGCUGGAUGGUCGAACUCGGUGGGGUCGACCCUGGUGAUGUGGAAAAGUUCACCUGCGGCUAUCGAAUUUACAUCACGGGAGAUACUCUUAUGGUGGAUGAACUCAAAAGGAUCCCUGAGCUCUACCGUGACGAGCGCAUCGAUCUGAUGCUGGCUCAUCUAGGCGGUACCACUGUUCCAUCCCCCUCACUCGCCCCGCUCGCUCUGAUGGUCACCAUGGAUGCAAAGCAAGGUGUGCAGUUGAUUCAACUGAUCCAGCCAGACCUGACGAUUCCUAUUCAUUAUGAUGAUUACAAUGUCUUUGCGAGUCCACUCAAAGAUUUCAAGACAGAAGUUGAAAUGGCCGGCUUGCGAGACAAGAUUGUGUAUCUGAAUCGGGGAGAUAAAUUCGAGUUCGCCGUGAGAGGUACUUGA